AUGCGAACCAUCUUCUGCCCCACCACUGUCAAACUCAGCUCCACUUUUACGUCGAAAAAAGGAAUCCGUUCCAGCCCCAUGUGGGAUACCUUGCUUUUGAAAGCUGUGAUAUAUACAGAUGCACAUCUGUCUCCAGACGGCGAAGCACAAGGACGAUUCGAGGAGACGCUAACUCUUUUUCAGUUUGCUUUUCCAUCGGGAGCCUCCGAAGGCAUAUGCUUGCCAACUUGGAAAACGCUGAGGGACCGCUUCAAGAAGAUUGUUGCAGACCAUAAAACUGAGUCCCAAUGUAACGCAACUCCGUCUGAUAUUAUCGAAAUAGGAGAAGAACAGAGAUACUACUGGACGAUAUAG